AUGCCAGUCACCACAGUAGCUGAGACUCUUGAAAGAGUGCCUGCUGCCAAAAAGCAAAAGCUUUCACCGGUCCCAAACAAAAAACUUAUCUUGAAUGCUUUCUUGAUGGGAUCUGCCGGUAAUCAGACAAUCAAUUCGUGGAGACAGGAAGACGAUAGAUCCUCUGAACUGUUCCAAAACCCAUCUUAUUGGACCGACUUGGCAAAACUAUUGGAAAAGGGGAAGUUCAAUGCAGUUUUUUUUGCAGAUGUUCUAGGUCCGUACGAUGUCUACAAAGGUCCCGGUAACUUUGGUCCAGUUGCUAAGGCUGGAUCUCAAUGGCCGAUCUCAGAUCCAAGUUACUUCAUUCCGUUGAUGGCUUCGGUUACCAAGAAUUUGGCUUUUGGUAUGACGAUCUCGACCAUCAGUGAACAACCAUACCAUCUUGCUCGGCGAUUAGGGACUCUGGACCUUUUGAGUAAUGGUAGAGUUGGUUGGAAUAUAGUGACUUCUUACUUGGACAGUGCCUCAAGAAACUUAUUAGGUGGCGAGACCCUUCCUGAAAACGACGAAAGAUAUGAGAGAGCUGAAGAAUAUGUUGACGUAGUAUACAAGUUGUUUUUAAGUUCAUGGAAGGAUGGCGCUGUAAAAAAGAAUAAAAAGACAGGCAUUUUUACCGAUCCAGAAGGUUUGAGACAUAUCAACCACGAAGGCAAGUAUUUCAAAGUGCCAGGUCCUUCAAUAACUUCUCCAAGUCAACAGAAGUUGCCCGUUAUUAUCCAAGCAGGUGCAUCUCCUAAAGGUAGGGAUCUUGCCGCAAGAACUGCUGAGAUUAUUUUCUUGUCCAACAAGACCAAGGAGUCGUUACGUGAAUCCAUUCAUGCUGUCAAGGCCAUCGCGAGUGAAAAGUUCAAGAGAGACUUAUCCAAAAUCAAGUUUUUGGCAUUAAUUACUGUCAUUAUUGGCGACACAAGAGAAGAAGCAUUGGAAAAAUACUACAACAUUAAAUCACUAGCUGACGAUGAAGCUGCCGCUGCAAUGUUUUCUGGUUGGACUGGUGUGGACCUUAAUCAAUACAAAGACGAUCAAGUUUUGGAAGAUGUUGAACAUCGUGCAGUUGCUUCUGCAGUCAAAAAGUGGAAGGAAGCUUAUCCGGGGGUGAAAAAGUGGACUAAAAAAGCUAUUAUCGAUGAAUUAAAAGUUGCAGGAUCUGGUCCAAUAUUUGUGGGUACUGUUGAAGAGGUAGCUGAUACAAUUCAAGAAUGGGUUUCAUACGCUGACGUUGAUGGAUUUAAUUUGUCAUAUACUUCGAUUCCAAGUACGUAUGAAAAAAUCGUUGACGAACUAUUACCUGAACUCAGAAAACGUGGACUGGUCCAGGACGACUAUCCUGAACCAAAGAGCUCACAAAAGCUUACUUUCAGAGAGCAACUUUUCGGUGACAACGAUUUGGACGUCACUCAUCCUGCUCACGACUUAAGGUGGAGAGAGAAUGAAACAAAGUCCGAAUUCGAAUCCAGGUUGCCAGGUGCCUUGGAAAAAUUAAAAGGGUUUAACUGA